GACCGCGUGAUCCCUGUUUCUGGCCUAGCCCAGAUGACGGAGUUCGGCCACCUGUUCUCGGAGAGAAGCAAGAAGAACCUUGUAGAUGGUCACCUCUGGUUCUCUGUGGUCGCCCGACCCCCCACAGAGUCGCUUCACCCGUGUCCAGAGAGUGUCCUGUUGUUUGUGUCUCCUGUUUGCCACCAUGCUGUCUAACGCCAUGUUCUACGGCCUAGCAGAUGACCAGCCGGGAACGACCUUCACGUUCGGGCCGUUUGCCCUCAGUCCACAGCAGAUCUACAUCGGCAUCAUCAGCAACCUAAUCGUGUUCCCAGCCAACUUCAUAGUCAUCACACUGUUCCGUAAGUCAAAGGCCAGGAAGAUGAGGCCAUCACGUCUGGAGGAAGCCCUGAAAAAGAUGCCGAACAGAACAUCUGCUUCAAUGACCGACGUCAAGCCUGAAGUUGCUAGUGUCUGGUCAAUGGGAGGAAGACCGAACAGUCAGGCAAAAAAUCGACCCGAGAGCUCCCUCUCACAGACGGAAUUCAGACCCCAGAGUGGAAUGUCCCAGACUGGAGAGAAGAAGAAGAAGAAAAAGAAGUUCGAGUUACCUUGGUGGUGUCGCAUCGUCGGGUGGAUCGUGCUCUGGGCAGUCACCGGGUUGUCGGUUGCUUUUGUCACCUUCUAUGGCAUAAUGUUCCAGGACGAGAAAUGCAAGAAGUGGAUUACCUCCAUGCUGGUGUCCUUCUUCACGUCAAUCUUCGUUACCCAACCAGUCAAGGUGUUCCUGACCGCCAUUAUCUUCUCGCUGAUCUGGAAGAACCCCGGGGAGGGUGAAGACGAUCGGCCUGAGGAUGAGGAAGAGCCCAAACUCGAAUACGAUGAGGAGUAUCUACAUGCCGGCGCUCAAACGGGAGGAUUCGGAGCAGCUCGCCCACGAAAGAUUGGGUACAAACCACCAGAUCCAGAGGAACUUGAGAGGGCAAGAAAGCAGAGGCUGAACGAAAUCAAGAUGUGGGAAAUCGUCAGAGAGCUGGUGUUCUAUUCCUUCUUCUUGUGGAUAUUAAUGGUCAUCAGUUACCGCAGCAGGAACCCAAAUGGAUACCUCUACAAGGACACCCUAGAGAAGAUGAUCAUCAAGAACAACCAGACUCUGCAAUGGUUCACCAAGAUACACAACGGUCAGGAGUACUGGAAAUGGGCACGGAGCGGCAUGGUGAACGCCGUGCGGGCUAGCAGCUACUACAACAAGGACCCACCGCUCAUGCUGCGAGGAUUCAUCGGCGACAAAGUGUCCAGGAUGAUGGGUUUUGCCACCAUGAGACAACUUCGAGUUGAACAAGGUUUAUGCCACCCAGUAGAUGUGAUGCAGACAGUGAUUAGCGAAUGUAACGAGGCUUACUCCCUAUUCAGCGAGUCGAAGGACAGUUUCUCUCCAGGAUGGAAAACAUUAGGCGUAAACGAGACAGCAAGGAUGGAAUACUCGUACAGGACCGCCUCUGACCUGAACGGUUAUCCUUACUUAGGCCUGAGGGAACUCUAUGGCGGAGGAGGUUAUGUCGUUGAGCUCAGAGGCUCGAAAACCACACUUGAACAGAAAAUGAUAGCUCUAGAGAAUGAAGGCUGGAUUGAUAGAUACACCCGGGCAGUCUUUGUGGAGUUUACGGUCUACAACCCCCAGGUCAACCUGUUCGCGAUCGCGACCAUUUUAGCCGAGUUUGAACCGAGUGGGGGUGUCCUGACGUCGUAUCGCUUUGAACCUGCGACGUUGCUGCCGUACAUGACGUCGGUGAUGCUGUUCCAAAUCGUGUGUGAGGUUAUCUACCUUAUUUUCACGAUCGUAUUCAUCGUCAAAGAGUUCCGUACGUUCCUCAAAGAAAGAACGAAGUACUUUAAGUCUUUUUGGAAUCUUGUCGAGAUAUCGAUCAUUGCAAUGUCAGUUUCAUCUGUCGUUGUGUACUUCUACCGGUUGAUCGUUACGAAUUCCCUCACUAACGAGUUCAAACGUAACCAUGGCAACGAAUACAUGAAGUUCCAAUAUGCUGGGUAUUGGAAUGAGAUCUUCUCGUACAUGAUUGGCUGGCUAGUGUUCUUUGGCACUCUGAAAUUCCUGAAACUACUGCGCUUUAACAAAAGAAUGUCACUCCUCGCUUCCACCCUGAAGAACGGAGCUCACAGCAUUAUACACUUCAGCGUCUUGUUCAGCAUCAUGUUCCUGGCAUUCAUGCAGCUCUUCUACCUUACCUUCAAGAACGUCAGCACUGCCUUCAUAACAAUGGUCAUCUCAGCAGAGUCCGGAAUCCUGAUGAUGAUGGGCAAAUUUGACAUCUAUGGGAUGCUGAUGGUGGAACCAAUCCUUACCCAGAUCUACGUCUUCUUCUUCGUCGUGACCUGCACCUUCAUCCUCGUCAACAUGUUCCUGUCCAUCCUCAACGAGACCUUUGCUUCGGUACGCGUGGACAUCAGCAAACAGAACAAUGACUACGAAAUCGUCAGCUUUAUGGUCAAUCGGUUCAAGAAAUGGACAGGACUUGGGACCGUACACACGACUCCACCAACCAACGCCGCUGGAAACAAGCCACCCACUGUGGAGGAGUUCCCGGACCGCAUCGACCGCCUCCUCAACUCCAUCUCCAACGUAUACAUGGACGACAACAUCGGGGCGCUGCUGGAAAGCAAAGGAGAAUCCAAGAAGAUGGCGAUGAAGAACAUGAUGAGACCGACAGCCCCGAGCAGCACACGAGCCGGCCCCACGAGAGUUCACACUCACUAAGUGUGGGUUAAACUGGUUCUAUAGGCCCAGCACUAGUCUCACACUCACAUGCGUGGACAUUAUAAUAGCUGCUUUGCCUAUACUGUCAUACCGACUUGAUGUCAAGUUUUUCCUUAGUUCAGUCUCUGUGUAUCCAUCGUAGUUCAGUUAGUAACGAUUCGGAAGAAAAGCUGUGUUGUCUUAUAUAGACUAUUACACAAAUACGACGCGGGUAUCUCAAUAGAAAAAAAAUCUAACACAAUAUUUCAGUGUGUUUCAGUUUAAAUUUGCCUGUGAUUAUAUACGCCAGUUACAGAAAUGCAUACAAUACACUCUCCGUACGGUAUGAGAACUGUUGAAGUCAAUACCAUACCAGUAACUUGAAAGAAAAUGCGUUUUAUGAAGUCGAAACAGAAUACAUUGUGUAUUUCUAAAUUUCUAUGUGAAUUGAAAUUCUAAUGUCUCCUGUCGAACAUGUUACAAGUCAAGCUUUACUUCUGUAUAAUUCAUGAUCCAAUCGGCAAUAUUCCAUCUAUGUCAUUAUAAUUACAAUGGGAUACUCUAGAAACUCGUUAUGGUGUUAAUGUUUGUUAUGUUGUUGCUUUAAAUUUAUUGAUACUUGAGAUAAACUGGUCUCACAUUAGAACACCUGGUGUUCUCUCCAUGAUAAUGUACAAGUCAUUAUACGAACGUUUUUGGCCUUUCAACCAAUCAGUGAUGAAUGCUUCUCAACGAAAUCAUAUCAAAUGAAACUAUUUAAUUGAUUCAUUAAUUUUGUUUUUAUGUAAUAUACUUAGCAUAACACUCGUUUUGUGGAACUUUUAAAGCUGAAAUAUCAAUUACAAUGUUAUUUUCAUAUGAGGAAGAGCCUACAUCCUGACAACCAUAUAGAUUUCUUCCUGCAAAUUUAACUAAUGUUGGAUAGAUUUUAUUAUAUUUCUGUUGUUUCAUUGUCAAGAUACUGUGAUAUUAAAACUGCUGUUUCAUUGAUGCAAACUUAUUUUUCCUUAUUGCGUCCGUCCAUCUGGUAUCUCUGAAUAGAGACCUACAUAUCUGUUGCAUUGUUAAAGGUUUUAUCAAAUCAAUAAAAAGACAGUAGCAGACA